UCGCAAAUGCCAGGCCUGGCUCAAUGCCUUCAGGGCAAAUGAAGGCUUAACUACAUCUUUCCCUGGGGCUGGAAAGCUCCUCGACAAGCGAUUGGUGUCUGACGAGGAGGACGUGAAGGACGAAGACGGUUUCGUCGUGAAGAUAAAGGUAACGGAGAAUAAACAAAGGGGCCCAUAAUGUGAUUGGUUGUAGAGAUCAUGAAACAGAGAAAGGGGCCAUAAAUGACGACAUUAGUACGAUAACUGUUAUGUGCAAUCCAGCAAAGAAAAAUAAGUUUUCCCACCGUGCUUGUAAUACUGUUACGCAUGUCUUUUUUAUUAUUCGCCUCGUUUACUCGUACCAUGGAAGACAAAGAGCACCAUGAAGGGCAAAGUGAACUUGCCCACUACAUCAGUAAUACUAAACAUCCUUCCUUUGAGUCCUUCGUGCUGAACAAUCUCGAAAAUAUCGCACAUUGGUCGAGGAACUUGAACAACGAUGAUCUUGACUUACAUGACAUAUGGGCAUGCAGAUACACAAAACUGUUGAAAAGUCUGCAACCUCAUUUAAAGACAAAAUCACUGAAAUUCAACAAGGCCUUGUGGCAUUCUGUUUCGGAGUUGAAGGCGCUUCUGAGGACUGAUCACCUCUAUAAUGAAAAAAGCAUCGAAUUGAUCGGCGAAUAUAGCAAGAAGGCGGAGGUCAUUGUCAAGGAUCAUCUUGAUAGACAGCUGGCAAACAGUGCCAAACGCCACCAACCAAUGGGUAACGCCGAUAGGAACGAAGAUUCCCUGAAAAAGAAGGGAAAGCGAAAGCAGACGUCUCCCGAAGAAUGUCAGGACAAUCCAUUUGGCGAGGGUUCAAGUCGUGCUCUCAUAGCACCGGCAAAUAUCCCAUCACAACUGUCAAAUGAUAGCAUUUUCAAAAUGGGUUACAAGAAGCUUGCUGGCCUUCAAUGGGACGAUACAGAACGACAACUAUUUAAAGAACUUCACGACGGCAAUCCCUUUGUUGGUGGGAAAACAGGCCUGGUCUCGUUUAUCGUCAACUUACUCCAAUCACUCUUAUCGACGGAAGACUUACCAAUUAUCAAGCUGUCUUUAUCUGGCAUUGUCAAUCAGAUGAAUCCGAGAAUGUUUGAGCAAGUCAAACCGUAUCUAACAGGAUUCGAUUAUGAACGUCGCUUCCAUGAAGUGAUAAAUUCCCUCGUUGGCCGUGGAUUAAAAGAAGAUGUCAGUGCUAUGGUCGAUGAAGUUAACGAGAGCCUGAUGAAGGACGGUGUUGAGGCUAGCCUCGACCUCAUUGACGACCUGAAAAAACCUUCCCGUAGAAAUGGCGCUCGUUCUCAGCAAGGGUAUCGUGUUUUGCUCAUCCUAGGGUAUUUAAUCAGAGGCAAUCACGACUAACCGGAUUGGCUUGGUGAUGGAAGCGAUUUUCUGUUGGACACCGAUCCAAUUGGUGUAUGGCGAACACACAAGCGAGUGCACGCAAUCAGUGCGCCAAUACAAUGAAACUGUAUUCGGAACCAACUC